CAUCUCCACACAUCACGCCGAUUCUCCUCCACGAACAGCACCACAGCAGACUUCUCAAUGAAGGAGCCUGACGCAAUCAAGCUCUUCAUCGGGCAGAUACCCCGAAACCUGGAGGAGAAGGACCUGAAGCCCAUCUUCGAGCAGUUUGGCAAGAUCUACGAGUUGACGGUGAUAAAGGACAAAUACACGGGGAUGCACAAAGGAUGUGCCUUCUUGACAUAUUGUGCUCGUGAGUCUGCCCUCAAAGCCCAGAAUGCACUGCACGAGCAGAAGACACUACCAGGGAUGAACCGCCCGAUCCAAGUGAAGCCAGCCGACAGCGAGAGCAGAGGGGAAGACAGGAAGCUGUUUGUGGGCAUGCUGGGGAAACAGCAGACGGACGCCGACGUGAGGAAAAUGUUCGAGCCGUUCGGCAGCAUAGAGGAGUGCACGGUGCUCCGCGGGCCCGACGGUACCAGCAAAGGGUGUGCAUUUGUAAAGUUCCAGAGCAACGCAGAGGCCCAGGCGGCCAUCAACGCUCUGCACGGGAGUCGUACUUUACCUGGCGCCUCGUCCAGCCUGGUGGUGAAGUUUGCCGACUCCGAGAAGGAGCGAGGACUCAGGCGGAUGCAGCAGGUGGCCUCUCAGCUGGGAGUCAUCAGUCCCAUGACCCUGCACCUCGGGGCCUACAACGCCUACACGCAGGCCCUGAUGCAGCAGCAGGCCUUGGUGGCGCAGUCGGCCUACCUCUCUCCUGUUGCCACGGUGGCGGCGGUUCAGAUGCAGCAGCUCGCUGCCCUCAACCCCAGCAGCAUCAUUGCCACGCCGAUUGCAUCCAUCACCCCGUCCUCAGGUACCAGCACUCCACCCUCCAUCGCAGCCACACCUGUUCCUGCUCUGCCUCCACCCAUCGCGGUGAACAGCUACCCCUCCGUGGCGGCUCCACCUAAUGGCCAGUCGGCUACAGAAGCGCUGUACACUAACGGGGUCCAUGCCUAUCAAGCUCAGAGUCCCGUCCUGGACCCGCUGCAGCAAGCUUACACAGGCAUGCAGCACUAUACAGCCACCUACCCUGCUGCCUACGGCCUGGUAGGACAGCCGUUUCCCCACCAGCCCACACUGGUGGCUCAGCAGCCGCAGCAGCCGCAGCAGCUGCAGCAACGAGAAGGUCCAGAGGGCUGCAACAUCUUCAUCUACCACCUGCCGCAGGAGUUCACCGACUCCGAGAUCCUGCAGAUGUUCUUGCCCUUCGGGAACGUCAUCUCCGCCAAGGUGUUUGUUGACCGCGCCACCAACCAGAGCAAAUGCUUCGGUUUCGUGAGCUUCGACAACCCGUCCAGCGCCCAGACUGCCAUCCAGGCCAUGAACGGCUUCCAGAUCGGCAUGAAGAGACUGAAGGUGCAGCUGAAGAGGCCCAAGGACGCCAACAGGCCUUACUGAAGGAGGAAAACCUAAGAGUUCAAUCAAGAAAACCACUUGGGAUGUCCCAGCCUUUUUUGGUUGUUUGACCAACCGUAUAGCACAGGAGCAACACUUCACACAAAGCAGUAUCACGUGUAUGCGCUUACAGAAACAAAAAAAAAGGAGAAAAGAAAAAAAAAAAAACAAGAAAAAAGAAAAAGAAACGACGACAGCAGCAGCAGUAAUGUCAGCAACAAAUACAUCGAACAGAAUCAGCAUUCGCAAUAUCAGAAGUGCUCCAGAGUUCCUAUCAUUCCACAGCUGGAUUCAUUUAUAUUAUGUACAUAUUCUAUUGUCGGCAACAAGAUAUACAUGUUAAGAAAAAGCAUAUCACUGAUGUUAUUCUACUGAACAGGGUUCUACUGUAUAGUGUGAUUUGUGGUCUAUGGCGUUAACAGAGGGCCAGUCUACACAGCCGGAGGCAAAAGAAAAUACUAUUCUGUAUGAUUACCAUUGGUAAUAUUGUUAUGUAGAGUUAGUUUUAUUAUUUAUACGUAAAUUUAAAGAAAAAAAAACACGGGGUGAUUAAAGUGGAAGAGGAGCGGAUUUCUUCUUGCUGUGUACAUACCUUGGUUCUAAAAACGGAGGACUUAACAACUUCACGAGUUCAGAUUCUCUGCUGCCACUACUUUUAAAAAUUAACAAAGCGGAAAGGAAGGGCUGGGAAUUUUUCUAUCUUGAUUUUUUACGUUUAAUUUAUUUGGUAAUCAAUUUGACGGCGGUGGGAGACGUGACGAUUUCUUUUUUAAUUUAAGAAGAAAAAAAAAACAAAAGGAGGAUUCCUUGUGGUCUUCAAGACAAUGAACACACUUAUUAUAGAGUUUUUAAUUACAUAAAUGUACCUAUGGAAGUUGAAAAGAAAAAAAACAUGUUUCUUUAUUUAUUCUCUACAAUCGCUGUUUUAAAACAUAUGUCUUUAAAAGAAAAUAAAGUACAAUUUAGAAAAAAAAAA